AUGAAGGUGGUAGGACUGCUCUCAGGGGGCAAGGAUAGCUGCUUUAACCUAUGCCACUGUGUGCUUCAGGGCCAUGAAAUCGUGGCGCUGGCCACGCUAGCGCCGCCUGAGGGCAAAGACGAAAUCGACUCGUACAUGUACCAGACAGUCGGCCACGAUGCCGUGCAUGUCGUCGCGGCGGCCAUGGGCUUGCCGCUGUACCGAGCGUGCAUUCGGGGCCAGCCAAACAACCAGGGGGCUAUAUACGGCGCGCGUGAUCCUACCUCGCCUGCGUAUGACGCGCAUGACGAGACAGAAGACCUCUACCACCUCCUGCGCGAGGUCAAGGCCCAUCACCCGGACCUUGAGGGCGUCAGUGUCGGCGCCAUCCUGUCCAACUACCAGCGCGUGCGAGUCGAGCAUGUAGUGCUGCGGCCCGACCUCCAGCUACAGCCGCUGGCGUACCUGUGGCAGCGGAACCAGACAUCUCUAUUGCACGAAAUGAACGCCUCGGGCCUCGACGCCAUCCUCAUCAAAGUCGCAGGUAUCGGCUUGGGCGAGCGGGACCUAGGAAAGACGCUGCGUGCACUUACGCCCAAACUCGAGCAGCUGCACCAGCUGUACGGCGCGCACGUAUGUGGCGAGGGCGGCGAGUACGAAACUCUCUCACUUGAUUCCCCCCUGUUCCAAAAGCGCAUCUCCAUCGACCAAACCGAGGUCGUCAUGCAUCACGACGCUGCGUUCGCAAGCGUCAGCUACCUGCGCCUCUGCCAGACCAGCUUGGUUGACAAGCCAAACUAUGGUCCCAAGGUCGUUCGCGCUCAGCUAGCCGCUCCGCCGCUCCUCGAUCCGCUAGGGCAUGCGAGUCUAUGUGCGAUUGAGAGUGCGCCGCUUACGCCACUGAACGAUAUUGCACCUGUCACCACGGCGCCAUGGCAUCCGCCGCUGUCUGUCGCGGCGCGGGGCUCCUGGCUCACGAUCGCCAAUCUGUGCGAUACUGCCUCAUCCAUGUCUUUCGACGAAAGCGUGCGCGACAUAUUUGCGCGUCUCGACUCGACGCUGCAUGCGCAUGGCUUCGAGCGCACGGACAUCGCUCAUAUCAACGUGUACCUCUCCUCGCAGGCCCACUUUGCCGCGAUCAAUGCCGUCUACCGCACCUACUUCGGCGCGGCGCCGCCGAGCCGCGCUUGCAUUGCGUUGCCCGUAGGACACGGCGCAGGCGUCGUGUUCGAUGCGGUCGCUUGUCGACCUGCGGCUCAGAGCGAGCGCCGCUCGCUCCACGUCCAGAGCCGAAGCUACUGGGCCCCCGCGAACAUUGGGCCCUAUGCCCAGGCAGUGGGCGCCCACGGGCGCAUCUACAUGGCCGGCCAAAUUGGUAUGGAGCCAUGUACCCUGGAUGUGCCGCCCAGCCCUUCCUUGCAGCUGGCCCUCGCCCUGCAACACCAGCGGCGCAUUGCACUCGCUGUGCGCGAAUGGGAUCCGCAGGGUCACAUCGAGGGCGGCGUGUGCUGGCUGGCCAUGCAGCCCGACUGCUCGUGGUCAGAGGCAGUCGCACGCGCCUGGCACGCUGGCCUCGAGGAGUCGCUGAGCCCGUAUGCCCAUCCGCAUGCACAAUCCAUCCCUGACGAUGCAUGGCUCGCUGCGGACCCGGCGCAUGUGCCACUUUUGUGUGUGUACCUGGGACGCGAUGCUCUGCCCAAGCAUGCCACAGCCGAGUGGCAGCUCACCGCCUCGAUGCCUGGUGAAGAGGCGCCCCCCGCGGAGGCUUGGCGCGGCACCUUGGUGCGCGGUGGCGUGGCCUGCACAUACCGCGUCCAUGCGCAAGAGCCGUACUCAUGCGGCGUGGCUGUCCUGACACCGACGGAAGCGCCCGACUCGCUCGAUGAGCAAGCACAUCGCAUGCUGGCCUGCGCCGCCCGGAGCCACAUGCUGCGAGCGUGCAGUGUGCAGACGUGGCCAUGUCGCACAUUCCUGCGCUCGGCUGGUCGUGGGCCGGCGAACCAAUGUGUCUCACCUCCGUAG